CCCCACGCUGCGCUGCAUGUCGAUGGCCCGGCCCCCCGAGCAGCCGCCUGUCAGACAGGACACCAGUGAGGACACCAGUGAGGACACCAGUGAGGACACCAGUUCUCUGUGGGACAUGAAGCAGGACACGCUGCUCGCUCGGACGCUGUUCUUCCUGUCCUGUCUGUCCCCCUCUGCAGGUGUCCUGUCCCCGGCCUGUCUCCAGCUCCGCCCGGACACUUCCCAGUUCUUCAUGUACGACCGCGUGUCCCUGAGCUGUGAGGAUCCGACCAACUCCAGCAGGUGGACGGUGAGGAGGAGAACCUCGGAGGGGGGGGUGAGGCCCUGCUCCUCCGGGUGGGGCUCCUCCGGGGGGGGCUCCACCUGCAGCAUCGGGAACCUCUACCCGUCCGACAGCGGCCUCUACUGGUGCGAGUCUGCAGGCGGCGCGCGGAGCAGCAGCGUCAACAUCACCGUCACUGACCGCUCUGUGAUUCUUGAGAGUCCCACGCUCCCGGUGUCGGAGGGAGUGUCUCUGUCUCUCCGCUGCAGAGACAGAGACACGCUGUCCCACGUCCACGUCUCCAACUUCUUCAAAGACGACGUCCUCAUCGGCAGCAGCUCCUCAGGGGAGAUGAGCAUCCACAGUGUUUCUAGAUCUGAUGAAGGACUCUACAAGUGCAGCCUCUCUGGAGGAGACGAGUCCUUGUCCAGCUGGGUGUCCGUCCACGCUUCACGUCCAGCUUCGUCCUCAUGUCCGCCUGCAGCUUUCAAUCCAGCGUCUGUCCUCAGGCUGAUGUCUCACCUGCUGGUGGGAACACCUUACCUGCUGGCCACCAUCUUACUGGGAAUCAUACACAGAGACAGGAGGAGAGCAGCUCGGACACCUGCAGAGAGGAGAAGCAGCAAUGAUGUCAUCAUGGACGUCCUGGCGUAGCCUGGAAACCAGUGUAGCUACCAGUGUGUGUAGCUGCAGGGGGAUGUUUGUGUUACGUGUCAGCAGAUUGUGGGUCAGUGGUCAGAUCUGAUUAAAAGUAGGUGAGUGUCGUUUCUCCGAAGCUAAGAGAGGAUGUUGUUUGAUCUGAAAUCCCACAAAUAGGCCAACAGUCAAAAUAAAACCACCCUGAAUUGAACAGAUGUAAAACGUGUGACCACACUGGAGACAGACGUGCUGUGGCUUCACUGACCUGAGUGCUGUGUUCUGUAUCCUGGUUGGAAACUGCUGCCGACCGAGGUCUGUGCUCUGCAGCUGAAAUAAACCAAAGUGAACUGA